GUUGCUCCGGUUGCGGUUAGCUAGCUAGCUAGCUAAACUGGGUCCCCGAUUGUCAGUUGCUGAGAGCGGUGACAGCUGAACAUAUUAUUUUAUCUCUAGCUGUGCGCUCAAUACAAUCGCCACAAUGUUUGAGGAGGCUAGUGAAGUGUUCGACAACAUGUUUAAAUCUUCGUUUCCCCUUACCUUCAUUGUGUUUAUCCCCGCGGUGUUGAUCCUGGUGUCACCGCUCCCGGCCGAGGCGGCACAUGAGUUCACGGUGUACCGCAUGCAGCAGUACGACCUGCAGGGACAGCCUUACGGUACCAGGAAUGCCAUCCUAAAUACGGAGGCUCGUACUGUGGAAGCAGAAGUACUAAGUCGUCGCUGUGUUAUCAUGCGACUGGCAGACUUCUCCUAUGAAGAGUACCAGAAAGCCCUACGCCAGUCGGCAGGAGCUGUGGUCAUCAUCCUGCCCAAAAACAUGUCUGCUAUGCCCCAGGACAUAGUACAGCAGUUCAUGGAGCUGGAGCCAGAGAUGUUGGCCACUGAGACCAUCGUCCCCGUCUACUUUGCCAUGGAGGACGAUGAGCUGCUGUCCAUCUACACCCAAACCCUGACCUCCUCCUCCUCACAGGGCUCCUUAUCAGCAGCUGAAGUGCUGCUGCAUACGGCCACAGCCAACGGCUUCCAGAUGGUCACCAGUGGAGCUCAGAGUAAAGCUAUCAGUGACUGGGCCAUCACCAGUCUAGAGGGUCGUCUGGCUGGAGUUGGAGGAGAGGACCUGCCCACUAUUGUCAUGGUUGCUCACUACGACUCGUUUGGUGUUGCUCCAUGGCUUUCAUACGGAGCAGACUCAAAUGGCAGUGGGGUGUCCAUGUUACUGGAGCUGGCUCGUCUCUUCUCGAAACUUUACACUUAUAAAAGGACACACGCUGGGUACAACCUGCUGUUCUUUGUGUCUGGUGGGGGGAAGUUCAACUACCAGGGCACCAAACGUUGGCUGGAGGACAAUCUGGACCAUACAGACUCCAGUUUGCUGCAGGACAACGUAGCCUUUGUGUUGUGUCUAGACACUCUGGGGAACGGAGACUCUUUGCACCUUCAUGUGUCCAAACCUCCUAAAGAGGGAACUCCUCAGUAUUCUCUACUUAAAGAGCUGGAGAUGGUGGCUGCGAGUCAGUUCCCAGAAGUCAAGUUCUCUAUGGUCCACAAGAAAAUCAACCUGGCCGACGACAUGCUGGCCUGGGAGCACGAGCGCUUCGGGAUCCGCCGGCUGCCGGCCUUCACGUUGUCCCAUCUGCCCUCCCACCGCCUGGCUCAGCGCUCCAGCAUCAUGGACGUGCGGUCAGUGUCCCCCUCCUCUCGCCAUGGAGCGGGAGAGCCCCCUGCUGGGCCUCAUGUCGACGUGAAGAAACUCAGCAGGAACACCAAGCUGGUAGCAGAGGCACUGGCAAGGGUCAUUUACAACCUCACUGAAAAGGGGGCUCCUGGAGACCUGCAGAUCUUCACUGAACAGAUGCAGGUGCAGGACGAGCAGCUAUCAGCAGUGGUGGACUGGCUCACAGCGCAGCCCAGAGCCGCUCAGCUGGUGGACAAAGACAGCAGCGUGGUGUCCACUCUGGAGUAUCACCUCGGACACUACCUCAAGGAUGUCAAGAGACACUACGUCAAAGCUGACAAAAGGGAUCCAGAGUUUGUAUUCUACGACCAGCUGAAGCAGACUAUGAAUGCUUACAGAGUGAAGCCUGCUAUUUUUGACUUGCUGCUGGCAGUCUGCAUUGCAGCCUACUUAGGGAUGAUGUAUCUUGCUAUCCAGAACUUUGGAGUCCUGUACAGUGUUGUCCGUAGAAUCACCCAACCCAAGGCGAAGAUCCAUUAAGGUGCACAACGCCGCAUUUCUUUUUCCGAUCCCACCCUUUUCCUCAAAUCAAGAAACUUUAACCAGUAAGAACAUCGAAGCUGGGCCGAGCUUCUGUCCUCAUGACGGUUUCAAACCAGCAGAAUCUCUUCCUUUCAUUUCCUUCAUCCUGAUACCACAAACUAUGAUGUCAGAUCCUGUCCUGCUGCCAACUUAAUCCAUUUGGUCUCACAGACCAGAAUAAUCAGGAAUCAUUUUUCAAUCUCCCUGUCUUCAUGAACACAUUUUGUCUUGUCAUUCAUCAAAAAAAGAAUCCCUCGCGUCGGACAUAUUUCGUUGUUUGACUGUCGUGAGGGAUGCAAAGCAUCUGUCCACACCGCUGAGAUCUAGAUGAGAUUAAGUGAGUUUCUGAUGUUGCUGUUCCAGCGAACACUCCUCAUUCCUCCUCUCGGUAUACCGUACAAGUGAUCGUUGUGCCAAACCGACGCCAUGUGUUGUCUCGGGCAGCUACAGGGAGAAACUGACCACACAGAGUUUAGCCCAGAAUUUCUUUUGUCGAGAGAUGUGUUCACCCAACCUGGUUGUUAAAGGACAAGUUCACAUUUUCCAAUCUGCUUAAAUACAAUACUCACAUUUCCAUAAAGACGUUUACAGUCACUUUAAUGGUUCUUUCUCUACAUACUGACUGUUUAAAUACCCCCUCCUGAAUCCACAGUCCUGGUUUUGUGCAAAAACCUAAUUUCAGCUGAUUCAAAGUCUUUUUGGUAAGACAUUCCCUCUUUAUGUCAUUCUAAAGGACUGUAGCAUCAGGCCAAACCCAUUUUAGCUUCAGAUGAACUGCACUUUUGCACAGAAAGGACUGUGGAUUUUGUCUUCCAUCUCUUCAGGGCUGCAACUAACCAUAAUAAUUUUAUAGUCAACCGAUCCGUUUUUAUAAAUUGAUCGAUCGCUUAGACUAUAAAAUGUCAGAAAAUAGUGCAAAAUGCCUAUUGCAGGUUGUCAGAGUCCUAGAGGACAUCAAGAUGACCUCAAAUUGCAUUUCCAUAAAAUGUACAAUAAUAUAUAAAACAUUGCAACAAAUCACAUUUGAUGGCUUAAACGAUGAAGCGAUUAUCAAAAUAUUUGGUAAUAGAUUUUCUUUUUUCUAUCGACUUAUGUCAUAUAUGGGCACAUGAGUAUUUUGUUGAGACAGACUUGGAAAAAAAAUCUGAACUUAUCCUUUUUAAAUGACCAGUGAAAAUGACUCCACAAAUAUCGUUUACGGAAAAGACCAGUUGCCUAAAUGAAAUGUGAAGUAGUGUUUAGAUUAUUGCGAUUCCAUUGCCUCGGUAGUGAAUUUAUUAAACAUUUGAUUGAAUGGAAGAAAAAGAAAUCUUUGCCAAAUAAUUAUUGUAUGGUUUAAUCUCCCCCUUUCUCCCUGUUGAAUAUACAACAUUAUGGAAAUUUAAAGCAGAUUCUGCCUUUACAUUUUCCUUCUUACUUUUUGUGUAACUUUUUUCCUGUAGUCGAGGUUUGUUUCCUGUUGCUGUGUGACUUGAUGUCUUAUUUUUACUGCUCAAGUCUUCUUUUUUAAAUCUAGAAUAAAAAACAGAAAAACAAAGUCAUGCUGGUGAUGUCGACUUAUCUUAAGGCUCAUGAUAAAGAAAGGUCACGUGCAACAAAACAUGUUUGUCUAAUCGGAGCACGUGUGUGUUAAGCGUAUGACUACAACGCCAACACAUCGUGACAAGAUAAAACUCGCCCUUUACUGCUUUUAUCAGAAAAUGUGCUGACUGCAGCACUGUGAUUUGACUGGAUCAGACGUUUUUAAAGCUGUUAAGAUUUUGGUCAAGCCAGCACUGCAGUUUUUGUACACUGGAUGUCUUAAAAUGGGCAAUAACACAAAGGGUGUUGGAUUAAAUGGGGACAAAUAUCUUAAACACACCUAGAUUCAUUUCAUGAGGUGUGUGUGUGUGUGUGUGUGUAAGUGUGUAACUAAUACUGCAGUGUUUCCUUGACCAUUUCUCUGCCCUGGUCUUGCCUUGUUGUGGGUGAACGGUGUUUAUUUACCAUUUUGUAUUUUCCAUGUUUUUCUGCAUGACCUGUGACCCCCACAUGUCGCCAUGGUAACAAUGACAGGAUUUUCUUUUUUUUUUAAAUGUACCACUAUGAGGGAAAUACUGUGUGGUACAUAUGAAUUUUUAAUUUAUUGAAGCAGUUGGUUUUCAUUUGUGCACUGAACUGAACUCUUCUCUGGUCUGAACCUCAUCCACAACACUUGAUCUUUGCAAUGAAAAUGAUAUCAGGUGUGAUUAAAAGAAAUAAAAUAAAUCACAAGGA